AUGGCACCGACGGAGAGGCCUCUGGCUUCGAAAGGAGGAGGAACAGAUUCUUCUCGGCAUUUCUUGGCACGUAACGAGGCUACUCGUUUUACUCGCCGCCAACUACUAGACGGUCAGUACGAGCUCCAGAGGCGACCUGUCGGAGCACCUCCCCGAAGACGCAUCAAAUCGAGCCGUGCUGCUGGCCGUUCCAAGGCAUCUUCGCAGACUACGUCGACCUGCUCUGAUGUUCACUCAACCUCGCAACACUGCCAAUCUGUCUGCUUCAAUCCUCCUGGAGGAGGAAUUGCCACAUCUCCCGUCUAUCAAAGCUCUUCGGCAGCCUUCACUCAGAGCCGUUUCCAGCUCAGCCCUGAAUCUCGUUCGAAUUCCCAAGUGCAAGGGACACCUCUUGCACAGUCUACAGUAUUUGGGAAUGAUUUUGAGACGGAGACCUCGGAUAGCAACAUCACCGAGGCGUCCAAGAUUGCCGUUCACCUUGACGACAACACCGAUGGCUACUAUUGUUUUGGCUGUGGCAUUCGCCGCUCCGAUGAGCAACAUAUGAUCCGCAAGUUCCGUGAUGGCGACCCGGCUUGGCGCAACUUCUGCAAGCCUUGCCACGAGAAGCAUCUCACUAGUGGUGGGGGUGAGGCAUUGAAGGCAUACGGAAACUUUUGCUUCGGCUGUGGAUUUGCUCGUUCCUCUCAUUUCAACAAGGAGAAUCCCAUCAAAUUACGUCAAAAGCCGAUCAAGAACUUCUGCGCCCAUUGCAUGAAACGGUUCUCCCAGAAGGCAGUCAUUCCAACAGAGACCUUGCUUGGUAGUUCUUCCGAUGAAAGUGGUAAUGAAUCGGAUGGGCCCAAGUGGGACGAGGACCGUCAUGAUAGUCGAACUUCAGACGACACCGGUCGAUUCAAAAUCUCUCCUCAGCAAGUGACAACAAAACUUAAUAACGAUGCCGUCGACUACUCCAGUGGGCACUGCGACUCUGGAAACGUGUCAGAUGAGUUUUCUCCAUCGGAAUCUGUUCGAGAGCGACUGAGGAAGCGCCGUUCUGCUCGGGCAAGCGAUGCAGUAUCUUUGGAAGAGAUUCAACCCAAGUCUCAAUGCUCUGAGACAAGCCUCCACAAGCAUGACACGAGCGUUGGCUCUGCCGCCAGUAUUGGCCAUCAAGCCCCUUCGGUUGAAGAUGUUUCUGAUUCUGAAGCUCAUCCGCGAUCCGAGAACGAGAAUGCCACCGACCGUUGCAACUCGCCGGUCGCAAACCUCCCCACGUCUGUCAAGCUGGCACCUGCCACGCCCCUCAAAACGACAGCGCAGGCCACGACCAGCCAAGAUUGUCUUGACCCCGACCCAUCUCUGAACUCGGAAUUCACUUCACCUUCCAAGCGAGCAAGAUUCAGUGAGCGUGUCGAAGUCCGCAAAUCCCCGACUUACUGGCAGCGAGAGCAUUCCGAGGGUGACGAUCCCUAUGCGCAAUUUCGAUACGAGCAAUACCAAGACGAUCUUCGCGAUGGGAAGAAGGCCGUCCCUCUCAAAGAUCCACUCAGAGAUCCUGAUGGCCAGACUGCAGGACGGUUCCACGUGCCCUUUUGCAGCAUUGAUGACCAGAUUUUCAACUCUUGGAGCAACGACGGCGCCGCAGGAUGGCACGAUUUUGCCGCAAGAUUCAGAUCCAACUCCUACAAGGUAUCCAGCAACAAUCCGCUCCAUUCUAGCACUUUGUAUGCUUCCGGAGAAAACCAACCAAAUAAUUGCUCCACUAUGAAUGAUGACCAGCCUUACUUCACCGAAGACCGACCAAAUCCGAACAAUCGACAACAACAGUCGCACUAUCCUGGUGGUGUCCUCUACGGCCGGGGUAAAGAGAAUCAACCAUGUCCCUCUAGUCCUAUCGCACCAACCGGCUGGAAUCCACUCCAUCACUACUUUGAUGGCCACCGCAAUUCCGAGAAUGACCAUGCGUCUGACUGGUCCUCCCGCCGCGAUGCUCGCCGCACUGAGCGAAACAAUGGUCUAUUUGCCAAUACAGCCGGUUCCUUAUGGAAUGCACAAGAUCACUACCCCAGUUGGGAGUCUCACGUAGACUGUUCAGGUAGUCAUUUUGACUCCUCCAGCGGCUAUCCUGAAUAUCACCUACCCUUCGGAGGAUUUGGGUUCAACGCGCCAUAUGGCCCAAAUGAUCGCGGACAGUAUCCGGAAGAGGAUGGCUUUUAUCAUAGCAACCCUGACUCUGCUUCUGCUCGCCAGGAAUACCACCGUAGCCACCAGUCGCCUACACCGAAAGAGCAGCGACCCGGCUAUGAUUUCGAUACUUCCGAUACCCAUGAGAAUUUCAACAAGUCUCAGUCUCCCUCUUCCUACGGCUUCUCUCGGCAUUCAAUGGAUCGAGGCACAACGACCGGGCACGAUGCUCCAAACGAUGCUGGAAUCCCAUUUGAGUCCUCAAGCACGAGCAAUGGCGCGCUUCAAGAGCCUAGACUUCCUCCUAUUGGCAUUGUCAUGGAGAUUCCGGAUGACAUGUCAGACAGUGAUGUCCACACUCUUCUCAUUCCCGGCUGCGACGAUUAUGUUCCUAUGGCGUACUAA